UCACACACUUACACAUAUAUUGAAGAAACGAAAGAAUAUCAAGAUACGUGGCCCCCAGAUAGCAUGGCCUUGUUAAUGGUUCAAAUAAUCUGUAUUCUGAUAGUAGCUAUUUCUGGCUUGAAUGUCUGGAAUGACACAACAUCCUGUUUGUCAUCAAGUUCCUACAAUAAAUAUCUUGGCGCGUUUAAUCAUUUAGAAGGAAAUGAACAUCUUCCUUGUGAAACGAGGUACUUUGUCUACACCAAAGAAACGAUAAACAACACAGACAGCAAGAUUAAAUAUCUUGCAGAAAUUAAUAAAACAUUCCAAGAAAUUAAAGUAGGAAAGUGUAAAAAAGGAAAUGGCAGAACAUGUGUACAAAAGUAUAAGAAUAUAAGUGUUUUGGUUGCCAAUACGAAAACAAAUUUGGAAGCCGGAAGCUCUCUUCCUGCUGAUGUGAUCUUUGACAAAGCACAAGUUGACAGCCACUGUCAAUCUAGAGAUAAGAAAUUCAGAGACUAAGAGCGAAGCCUAAAAGUGAAAUCUGCUAAAGGGAUAUCUAAGGACCAGGCAGUAGGUUUCUAAACAAGCAAUGGAUUAAAUACACCAAUUUUCAUGCAGAAAUAGCCAUGUGGUUAAGAAUUAAAUCAGCCCCAGCCCUGCAAAAAAGAAAAAUCCAGUGGACAUUAAAUGAUGAAAGUUUUGUUGAAACCAAGUGUGAAGCAAAAGGCCCUUGUGCAAGGUGCUGUUCAGCUACAUUGACCUCAAAACCACACAAUACUAUUCUAUAUUUCUGAGAUGAAGAAUUUAUGUUAUGUAUUAGUCAGACUGGCAACCUCAUCAUGAUUGUUGCUUUCAUUAUGUUUCAGCUGUCUAUGUGCCAACCCUUCUUCAGGUGUCUUAUCAUGAACUUAAUUGUUGUAUCAGAAUUCUGAUACAUUCCACAGAGAGUGAAAUGAGAAUAGUGUACCUCUGUGAAUCAAAGAGUUAGGUUUGAAAUUCUGCUACAACAACUGAGUUUGACACAAGACACCAAAAGAAGAAUGGAAUGUACAACAGCCAAAAUGUUGCGAAAGCAAUAAUCAAGAUGAAGACACCACUCUGGCUAAUACAAACAGUGUACAUAAUUGAAAGCAUACAAUUUCAAAUUGAAUCUCAUAACCAUGUAGUAAUGUUCUUGGUUAGGAAAUUUCAACUGAAAAAUAUACGACUAAAAAAAGACUAUAACUGACCAAUAUUUACUUACGAA